AUGCAACAACUAUUGGGGUAUCAAGCUGCCGAGUCAUAUGAUGAAAAUUUGGGAGAGGGUGGUGGAGAGGAGGGAAGGUCUACUACAGAAGCCAUUCAUCUUGUGAGGAGAUUGGUGAAGCAGUAUAGGGAAAGGAAUAAGAACUUGCAUAUGGUAUUCAUGGACCUGGAGAAGGCCUAUGAUAAAGUCCUGAGAGGGGUCCUAUGGAGAUGUAUGGAGGCUAGCGGUGUCCCAGUAGCAUACAUUAGAGUGAUUAAGGACAUGUACGAGGAAGCGAAGACUCGGGUGAGGACUGCAGGAGGAGACUCGAAUCAUUUUCCAGUGGAGACGGGAUUGCAUCAGGGAUCAGCUCUUAGCCCAUUUUUGUUUGCCUUAGCAGUUAACGCUAGAUUGGAAGUUUGGAGACAAAUGUUGGAGUCUAAGGGUUUUAAGUUGAAUAGGUCGAAAAUUAAGUACUUGGAGUGCAAGUUCAGUGAUGGGAUGUAUGAAGAAGGCGAAGAAGUGAAGAUUGGCAACGAGAAGAUUGACGAGGAUGUUACCCAUCAUAUUAUAGCGGGGUGGAUGAGAUGGAGGCUCGCCUCGGGGUUUUUGUGUGAUAUGAGUGUGCCACCUGGACUUAAGGGCAAGUUCUACAGAGAAGGACAUAUCAAGAAUGAAGUUAUUAAAGACAAGGUAGGAGCGGCAUCGGUGGAGGACAAGUUGCGGGAGUCGAGGCUGAGAUGGUUCAGGCAUGUAAAGAGGAGAGACAUAGAUGCUCUGGUCAGAAGGUGUAAGAGGUUGUACGUUGCGGGUCUGAGAAACGAAAUCGGCAGGCCUAAGAAGUAUUGGAGAGAG